AUGUCUCAAGGAGCUGUUGCUGAUUUCGGUUUAAUUGGUCUUGCCGUCAUGGGUCAAAACUUGAUCUUAAACGCUGCUGACCACGGUUUCACUGUCUGUGCCUACAACAGAACUGUCUCCAAAGUCGAACAUUUCUUAAACAACGAAGCUAAGGGCAAGUCCAUCGUUGGUGCCACCUCCAUCGAGGAUUUCAUCAAGAAGUUGAAAAGACCAAGAAAGAUCAUGUUGCUGGUCAAAGCUGGUAAACCAGUCGACUACAUUAUCAACGACCUGCUACCACACUUGGAAAAGGGCGAUAUCAUUAUCGAUGGUGGUAACUCCCACUUCCCAGACACCAACAGACGUUACGAAGAAUUGUCCGCCAAGGGUAUCCUAUUCGUGGGCUCCGGUGUCUCCGGUGGUGAAGACGGUGCUCGUUACGGUCCCUCUUUGAUGCCAGGUGGUGCCGAAGAAGCUUGGCCACACAUCAAAGAAAUCUUCCAAUCCAUUGCUGCUAAAUCUGACGGCGAACCAUGCUGUGACUGGGUCGGUCCAGCUGGGGCCGGUCACUACGUCAAGAUGGUCCACAACGGUAUCGAAUACGGUGACAUGCAAUUGAUCUGUGAAGCCUACGACAUCAUGAAACGUAUUGGCCGUUUCACAGACAAAGAAAUCUCAGAAGUCUUCGCCACUUGGAACAAAGGUGUUCUUGACUCCUUCUUAAUCGAAAUCACAAGAGACAUUCUAGCUUAUGACGAUGUCGACGGCAAGCCUUUGGUCGAAAAGAUUCUUGACACCGCUGGUCAAAAGGGUACUGGUAAGUGGACCGCCAUCAACGCUUUGGAUCUAGGUAUGCCUGUCACUUUGAUUGGUGAAGCUGUCUUUGCUCGUUGUCUAUCUGCUCUAAAGAAAGAAAGAGUCUUGGCCUCCAAGCAUUUGACUGGUCCAGAAAUCCCAGAAGAUGCUGUCAAGGACAAGAAACAAUUCGUUGACGAUUUGGAACAAGCAUUAUACGCCUCUAAGAUCAUCUCCUACGCCCAAGGUUUCAUGUUGAUUGGAGAAGCCGCUAAGACUUACGGCUGGAAAUUGAACAACCCCGCCAUCGCCUUAAUGUGGAGAGGUGGUUGUAUCAUCAGAUCCGUCUUCCUGGGUGAAAUCACUAAAGCCUACAGAGAAAAUCCAGAUCUAGAAAACUUGUUAUUGCACAGAUUCUUCGCUGACGCAGUCAUCAAAGCUCAACAAGGUUGGAGAAAGACUGUCGGUUUGGCUACCACCUACGGUGUUCCAACUCCAACUUUCUCCACUGCCUUAGCCUUCUACGACGGUUACAGAUCUGCUAGAUUACCAGCUAACCUAUUACAAGCCCAAAGAGACUACUUCGGUGCCCACACUUUCAGAGUCUUACCAGAAGAAGCUUCUGAAACUUUACCAAUAGACAAGGAUAUCCACAUCAACUGGACCGGUCAUGGUGGUAAUGUUUCCUCCACUACUUACGACGCCUGA